AUGACCAUUAUCGGCCUGCCCUUCGAUACCGAAGAGAGCGUUAUGGACUUGGCCGAGUGGGUCACCCAAGUCAGCAAGUACCAGACCGUAAACCUGUUGACUCCAUUGCCUGCAACUUCCAACUGGGACAGUUUGCCGCCUUUGGAUGAGAACGGUGACCUCCUUCCGGAAGGGAAGAUGCGGCCCUACCACUUGUACACCGGACGCCAGUUCGUCCACUGGGACGAGCGGUGGUCCAUGGCGGAAAGCCAGGAGUUGUUCGACCGUUAUUCAGCCAAGCUGGCCCCGGUGGAUGAUCUCUACCGGCGUAUUUUCCGCAUCUUGCGCACCUACCGGCUGCGUUUGGCCACCACCAGCCGUGACCUGGGCGACAGCAUCAGUGCCCGGUUGACCGACGCCACGGAAAAUCUGCGCAGUUGGUCGGACCCGGUGUCGAUGGCUGGCUCGGAAUUCGGGGACAGCUUGUCCCAACGGGUGAGGGAAUUGGCGGACAAGCUUCGGUCCGUGUCUCAACCGCUGGCCAACGCCCGCCGCGAGGUUGUGGACAACAUUGGCGCAAAGAUCAACGAACUAACCGAUUCCUUAGUGGCCCUCUGUCUGCGCCUGUUAACGCCGGUAGCAAAGAGUUGGAGGCGACAGUUUCGCUCCGCAUCAACGAGCUCAGCGAAAUCGUCAACAACGUUAUGA